ACAGUAUGUAGUAUACUUGUCACCCUCCAUCUGUUCUCAAGACCCCAUCCUUAUCCCCUCAUUUAGUACUUGGACUGAUCUUAUGGCUAUCUAGAUACUAACAUCUUGUCAUGAGCCACAUCCUUGCACUUACGACUGUACUCUUGGCAGUACUAUUUUGUAACCUCAUUGGACAUCUACAUCGUCCAUUAUUAUAUAUGCUACGUUCGCGUUUGCGUAGCUUUAAGUUCAUAUGUAAUGGGGUGCUUGACAAUGUGCGCCUGCUUGAUUCGACCGCCCGCCCGAGCCGUUCAUUAACUUGGUUGCGUAUCUUAACUCUUGACUCUUCAGCCACAGUAGUCGCAGUAGCAUUUCAUCCAAAGCGAAGCUAUCAUACAAGCCGAUCGUCCCUGCGACCCACCUGGUCCGCUACUAUCCUGUCGUACUCAUAUAGUAUCUUCAGCGUCCACGGCGCCUUCUAGGACGAUUCAAGAGGUUUCAUCAACACUAAGCGCCAUACCAGUCUUCAACGCAUGACCAAAGCCUACUCGGAUUCGCUCAGCAUUUCGGCAUAAAUGAAGGUCACGACGACGUGGUCCAGCAUGUGACGAAGCGACU